GUUUUUUAAACAUCUUCCGACAGCCCCUUGCAGUUCUCAGCAUGAAGACUUUCGUGGUCCUGGCUCUCCUACUGGCGGCUCUCUUCGCUCCAAGCGAACAACUAAACAUCGUGGCCUGUGAGCACCGCACCGCGGUCCUGUCCUGCGGUUACGGGGAGCAGAUAGUGGUGGUGGCCGCCAACUACGGUCGGACCUCGUCCUGCCCCUGCGGAGGACCCGUCCGGACCGUGAACUGCUAUGCCCACAACAGUCUCCGGAUUGUCCGCAACGCCUGUAACUAUAGCAGUUCCUGCGUCAUUCGGGCCAGCAACAGUGUCUUCGGAGACCCUUGUGGGGGCACCUUCAAGUACCUGGACGUCAGCUAUUACUGCAGGCGCCGGAUUUAAGGUAACCGUGAACCCAUCCAGAAGGAAGUGGAUGCAGGAAUGGGAUGCGUUCCUACUGCGCACUGAUAGAUAUAAUGAUAAGUCCAUGCCAUAUAAUGAUACAUACAUGCCGUCGAGCUAAGUAGAAACAUAGAUAUAACUUACAGUUAGUAGUAGUAGCGUGCAUACAUUAACCAAGCUUGCCAUUAUCUGUUACAGAAAAGACCAAAUACUAGAAGCUUAAAAAACGGAGAGUUGGCCUUUUGCAAGUAAACAUCUCAUAUCGUCUUAGUCAACAUACUUUCGAACGCUUCUUACAGAUAUUGUAUCAACACUGCCUGGCAACUUUCAGUAUGAUAAAGAAACUAAAUACUUUGUAUAAAACUUUGUUAUUGUACCGCUCUAUGUCUUAAAGUGGUGUGGCGACUGUGUAUUGAGUUUUAGUACAUGUAUUUCAAGAGUGCUGCUGUCAAGGUGCUGUGCACAUGUUCGCUUUCCAAUAGUUUAUGGCACUUGGUUGCAAUAAAGGGUCACGACGUUA